GCUUUCCUGUCAGAUCUUGCGCGGGGCCGGGAAGAAAGGAAAACAAUGAAUAUCCCAGCCGAAAAAUAAUAUUCAGUGAUCUGCACUGUCAUAAAGAUAUGUAUUUUGUCACCCUAAAGACAGGGUGCUAAGGGAUUGGAUAGGUCAGAGGCCAGCCAUUUUAUGCUGAAUGUGUCUCACGGAUUCAAAAUGGCUACCGGAAGUCACUGCAGUCCUACUCUCCGACCUUUUGAAAUUGAUGGCGAUAUGGAGGCUAUCGAUUCACUUUCGCUUGACUUCGGACGCUACGAGAGAGUCAACAGAUGGAAGGGAAUGCCAGAAUGUGACGAAUUUGUGGGAGCAAGACGCAGCAAGCAUACUCUUGUUGCAUGGAAUGAUGCCUUGUACGUGUUUGGUGGAGACAAUGGGAAGAGAAUGUUGAAUGACAUGUUGAGGUUUGACAUCAAAGACAAUUCAUGGAGCAGAGCUGUAACCAAAGGUGCCCCACCUGCUCCUCGGUAUCACCACUCAGCUGUCAUCUUUGGAUCCAACAUGCUGGUGUUUGGAGGAUUCACUGGUGAUCUUUACUCAAACUCUAACCUUCAAAACAAGAAUGACUUGUUUGAAUACAAGUUCAACACUGGACAGUGGACCGAGUGGCGGAUGGAAGGAAGAUUGCCUCCUGCAAGAUCUGCCCAUGGUGCAGCAAUUUACAAGAACAACUUGUGGAUCUUUGCUGGCUAUGAUGGUAACAAAAGGUUGGACGAUCUUUGGACCAUUUGCUUGACAGACCCCAACCCACGAUGGCAAGAGGUUCAGCAGUCAGGUGAUAGACCUCCUACAUGCUGUAACUUUCCUGUUGCUGUGGUUAGGGACAGCAUGUUUGUAUUCUCUGGACAAAGUGGAGCCAAGAUCACUAAUGACAUGUUUGAGUUCAAUUUUCUGGACCAAAGAUGGACUCGUAUUCCGUCAGCGCAUUUGUUGCGUGGUUCGCCCGCGCCCCCUCAGCGGCGUUAUGGUCACAGCAUGGUGGCGUUUGAUCGGUAUUUGUACGUGUUUGGUGGAGUAGCAGAUAACACUUUACCGUCGGAUCUCUACAGGUUCUCUCUUGACGACAAAUCAUGGGAAGUUGUUCAGCCAGCACAAGAUAGUGAGGUUCCAUCAGGACGCCUUUUUCAUGACGUAGAUGUUAUUAACAACGAAAUGUACAUAUUUGGCGGAACUGUUGAUAACAAUGUACGAAGCAGUGAACUGUACAGAUUUCAGUUGGCAAGUUAUCCUCGGUGCACACUCAGAGGUGAUUUUGGUCGCUUACUGGACAGCAAACAGUUCUGUGACAUGGUUUUCCUUGUGGGUGAAGAAGAAACUCGAUUCCCGUCUCACGCGGCCUUUGUUGCGGCCAGGUCGCCUUGGUUGAGAACACAGUUGUUGCGAGCACGUGAAAGAUCAUCACAGAGACCAAUUGAAGACAGACAACAGAAUCAGGUCAAGGAGAAACUGCAAGUGAAGCUGCCCGAAGCUGAAGUCCAGUCUUUCGCAGUCGCACUUCGCUACAUGUAUACAGACUGUAUAUUCCCCUUGGUGAAAGAUUGUCAGGGUUUACAGGAGAUCAGUCUAAUCAUGGAUGUUUACAGGUUGGCGCUCAAGCUUGAGAUUGGUUCACUGGAAGCGCUGUGUGUUCAGUACAUCGAGUCUUCAAUUUGUCAAGAAAACGUCUUAGUGGCACUGGAUAGCGCCGCGCGGCUACAACUGGAUCCACUAAAGGAUUUCUGUCUUCGUUUUAUUGUCCGUGAAGCAAACUACAACAACAUCAUCAUGAGCAAGAACUUUGAGUCUGUGCCACAAAAACUCAUGGUGGAGAUCAUCAGAAGACGACAAGUCCCACAGGCGAGUGCUCAUAAUCCAGGAGACAACCAGUGCAGAUCUACGCAUCCAGAGAAGACCCUGCAGCAAGACAUGCUGGACUUCCUCCAGGGCGCGCGCGGCCAGGACUUCCAUGACAUCACGCUGAUUGUGGACGGAGAACCAAUAGGAGCGCACAAAGUACGUUUCGCUUUCUGUAAACAGAACCUGGAAAUGAACGUGUCAUUUGAAAAUGUAGUCGAGAUUCUUGAAGCUGCUCACAGGAUUGGAGCCUCGGACAUGAAGAAACAUGCUCUGGAUCUUGUUGUCGGCCAUUUUGUAAAGGUUGCAAAAUCUCCAAACCUCAGGAGACUGAGCCGAGACCUGCUCCUGGAGAUUCUGGAUGCCAUAGCAGACUAUCUAAAAGAUUGCAACAUCGCUGUUAGCUCGUGAUGAAAUGGUAUUCUUCAGCUGCGUGGAAAUGAAGAAUGCGUCGUUGUGUUCAAGACGGGAUUGUUCUCACUUGAAGUGAACUCCUAAUGCGAAGUAGUCUGGGCAUUUAAACCUUCCCUUGCCUACUCCUAUUGGGAAUUGGCGGAAGAAUGAGCGACUGAGCCCAGUGUGAGGCUGAUUGAGACUGAAAUUCCAUUGAAAGUUGAAGUUGAAAUUUAACGCCGGAAACUGUUGGCAACUUUGCUUAGUGUGCAAACGAAGAAGAAAGA